AAAUGAUAAAAUGAAUUAUCCAUUGUUUCACAAAGUUAGGGAAAAAAUGGGAAACUUGAAAGCAGUGGCUGUUAUCACUGGAAACAACAAUAGUAUUAAAGGCUCUUUACAAUUUAUCCAACAAUCCAAUGGUGCUACCCAGGUGAGAGGAAAAAUAAUUGGUUUAGCUCCAGGUCUUCAUGGUUUCCAUAUACAUGCUUUGGGCGAUACGACUAACGGUUGCAAUUCCACUGGACCUCAUUUUAAUCCACUUAAGAAAGAUCACGGAGCUCCAAGUGAUGAAGUACGUCACGCGGGUGAUUUAGGCAACAUUGUUGCUGGUCCUGAUGGGGUGGCGGUGAUAUCGAUUUCAGAUAUGCAGAUUCCUCUUAGCGGAGUACACUCCAUUUUGGGGAGAGCAGUAGUCGUGCACGCUGAUUCUGAUGAUCUCGGAAGAGGUGGACAUGAACUUAGUAAGACAACUGGGAAUGCAGGUGCAAGAGUCGGCUGCGGUGUUAUUGGGCUUCAAUCAUCUGUUUAAUAUUUGUGUUAGUCAAAUCAUGUUAAACUAGCCAUAAUCUCAAAGGGUUGAUUAAUAAAUUGUUUGAACCUUAGUUACAUUUUGCUAGUGAUAAUCAUGAUAAUUACAUUUUCUACUCUUGUAUAGACAAUUUAGAUAUGUUGGUAUGAAAUAAUUUUUAUUUUUUA